UUUCAUUUAAUUCAAAAUAAAUAAAAAGGCAUCCAUAUAUACCCACCCAACAUUUGCGUUUUGACUGCUUGAAAUACGGAGUCAGUAACAGUGAAAGAAGAAGUCCAUUCAGAAAGAAGAAGAAAUCAUCACAAUUUGGGGGUAGGAAUUCGGGAGUGAGGACUGAAAAGUUGAAAUCGGGUUAUAAAGAGUUGUUUAGUAGAGAAAAAUUGGGAAAAAUAGCAGAUUUUAUGUCGGCAAGUUUAUUGGCUGGGAUUGGGGCUCCGGUGAAGCUCUGGGUUGAUACUUUUGCUCUGUUAAUCUGUUUUACUCUCUGCUGUAUAAUUCAGCAGAGUUUUCACAUCUGUUUUUCAAUAGUUUCGAUGCGUUUGAGGCCAAAAAGGACCUGUUCUGGUGUAGAGUGUUUUGGUUGUUUUCAUAUACAGAGGAGAGCCUUUAGUCUUUUCCUGUACCUGAGACGGCCUGUUUACACAAUCAAAAACCAAAUUUUUUGUUAAAAUUUCAAAAGAGAAUUUUCGUUUUUUUUUUCUUUUGCUUUUUUAUUAUUUUUGGGAGAUUUUUCUGAAGAAAAAAUGGUGGAAAUGGCGGAUAGUAGAAAGCAAGAGAAUGUUUGCAACAAGAAACCCAGAAAGAAAGGAAAGAUAAUCGAACAAAAUAACAACAAUCCGAUGAGAACUAUUCGGAUCAUAUGUCACGAUCCUUACAUGACUGAGUCUUCCGAUGAUGAAGAAGACGAGCCUAACAAAAAACUCUACGGGUCUAAAGCUAUUGUUCGGGAAAUCAAGAUUCCGGUGGCUGUAACUGCUGUUGGUGAAAUGAAAUCUCCGGUGACUGAAGGAUCUUGUCAUGGUAGCAACAACAACAGCAAUGGUGAAGGAAAAGGGAAAAGGGUUUUGACCAAAACCCCAAGUCAACCCCAGAUCACUUCCGGUUUGAAAUACAGAGGUGUCCGGCAACGGAAAUGGGGGAAAUGGGCGGCGGAGAUCCGGGAUCCGUUCAAGGGCCGGCGAGUCUGGCUUGGUACUUACAAUACUGCAGAAGAAGCUUCAAAAGCUUAUGAAAUCAAAAAGCUCGAGUUUGAAACAAUGGCAGAAGCUUUAAAGAUCCAAAAUCAAAACAACAAUGAAAAAAACAAGAAACCAUUGAUUGUCAUCCCUUCCGAUCAUCAAAAACAGUCUGUUUCAGAAGAUUCCGGUGGUGCUACACCACAUGCAUCACCUUCUUCUGUUCUUGAAGUCGAAUCUUCCUCUCCUUCCAAACCCAUUAAAAACAAUGUUAAAGAGAUUGAAACGUUGGCCACCACUACCACCACCACCACCACCACCAUUGAUGAAGAUCAUUUCAAUGUCAAGCCAAUGGAGAUGGAGAUGGAGAUGUUUACUGAACCAUUUGAUGAAGCUAUGUUAUUGGCUGACAUCGGAAAAGAUUUGGAUAUCGAGGCACAUUUUCUUGGAGAAAUCCUUACACCAACACCAAUUGAUUGUUUUGAAGAUAUUCCUAUUUAUGGGUAUGAUGAUAUAGAUUCUACAACUUUACCAUGUGAUUAUUUUGAUGACUUGAACAUUGAAGAACAUUGGAUGAACACAUACAACAUCGACGACCCGUUGACCGGAUAGUAGAAGCGUUGACUAUAAUUUUUGCAGCUAGUAAUCAAUUUAGCUUAAUUUAUUAUUCCAGAGAUAGUUUUUGGAGAGUUUUAAAAUUAAAAAGAAAUAUGGAUUUCAUAAGUUAAUAUUUUAUUUGUUUGGUUCGAUUCGAAGUUUUUUAUUGUAAUGAGAGAGAGAAUAAUUAGUCCUUCGGGUUUUGUUUCUUGUUGCUCAGUUUCGAUUAGUAAGCUCAUUGUACAUCUCGUAAUGCGUAAGGUACAUUUGAUGGAAAACAUAUUUUAUUGAGAAGUUGCUAGGAA